AUGCCACCUAUUCGAGGUGGACUCGGCGAGCGCCCGCGGGUGAUCUUGUAUCACCAAACGCUCAUUCCAGGCGGGGGCCAGUAUGUCUCCAUGCUCCCGCUCCUCGAAAACAACACCGGAAUAACACAUGUUAUUCUCGCGGCUUUUCACCUAAACGGCGCACCAGGAGACAUCACUCUCAAUGAUGACCCGCCAGAUAAUGCCAAAUUCGACCCCCUAUGGGCCGAAGUGCCCGUCGUGCAGCGACAAGGCGUGAAAGUGAUGGGCAUGCUAGGCGGGGCCGCCCCGGGGUCGUUCACGCGGCUUGACGGUAGCCAGGCGGAAUUCGAACAAUUUUAUUAUCCUUUCCUGACUGUCAUCCGCCGCCAUGGCCUUGAUGGAAUCGAUCUCGAUGUAGAGGAGAGUAUGUCUUUGCAAGGCAUCAUACGACUCAUCGACCGACUCAAGGCUGAUCUGGGCGACGCGUUUAUCAUCACCCUGGCUCCCGUGGCAGCUGCACUACUUGGUAUUGGGAACCUAUCAGGCUUUGAUUACCGUGAACUCGAGCAGGCUCGUGCUUCUAAAAUCGGCUGGUACAAUACCCAGUUCUACAACGGCUGGGGUCCCGCUGAGGAUCCUCGGAUGUAUGCCAGUAUGGUUUCCCAGGGGUGGUCUCCGCGACGGAUCGUGUACGGUCUUUUGACAAACCCGGGUAAUGGAUCACAGGGUUAUGUGUCGCAGGAGAAGAUUGGACCUGUUUUGGCAACGUUGGUCGAGCAGUUUCCCAAUUUUGGUGGCGUUAUGGGUUGGGAGUAUUACAAUGCUCUACCUGGGGGCACGGCGAAACCCUGGCAAUGGGCUGCUCAGAUGUCAUUGAGCCUGGGUAUGAAAGAUGUUGUCGUGGCAGCUCGUCAGUUAAUGUCGGCAGGGCCGAUGGCGAGCACUCUGAAUAAUUUGUUUCAAGAUAUGCUGAAUCAGGGGCGUCCAUGA